UCGGCCUUUAGGAUAAUGAGAAACCUGGAAGUCAACACUAAGCUGUGAAAGUAAACAAAAAACUCAUUCAUAAAAUUAAUUUAUUGUUAAUAAAUUUAAAAGUUUUUUAUGUGCUGAGUAAAAGUCGUUAUUGAAUUAUGUGCAAACAGCGAACGAAAUUAAAAUAAUAAGUAAAAUAAUAAUAGGAAAUUCGAAUUAUCAGCAUGUCAUCACAGAGCGGUCCGAAUCUUUUGCGUCCUUCGGGUCUGCAGUGCAAAGAUUUGCAUGAAUAUUUAAAAAGCAGACCUCCAGAAGUACUAAAUAAACUUUAUCACAAUCCGCCAAUAUGUCUAGCAGUGUUCCGAGAACUUCCAGAGAUAGCGAGGCACUACGUCAUGAGAUUAUUGUUCGUCGAGCAACCGGUGCCCCAAGCAGUUAUAGCAUCGUGGUGCUCAAAACUUCAUUCUGAUGAACACCAGCGAGUUGUGCAAGUCCUCAACGAAUUAAAUGUAUGGAAAGAAGCUUCAAUACCUGGUGGUUUACCAGGAUGGACGUUGAAUUCAACGUUUAAAAAAAAUUUAAAAAUUGUUUUAUUGGGUGGCGGGAAACCUUGGACAAUGUCCAAUCAAAUGGAGACUGAUAACAAGCCCAGAGAUGUGGCCUUUUUAGAUUCGUAUGCUUUAGAGAGAUGGGAAUGUGUCUUGCACUACAUGGUAGGAUCCCAGCAGCAGGAAGGAAUUUCUGCUGAUGCUGUUAGAAUUUUACUUCACGCCGGACUCAUGAAAAGAGAUGAAGAGGAUGGUAGUCCAGUUAUCACUCAAGCUGGUUUUCAAUUCCUGCUUCUAGAUACAGCAUCACAAGUUUGGUAUUUUAUACUCCAAUACUUGGACACCAUCGAAGCAAGAGGCCUUGAUCUCGUAGAAUGUUUGACAUUUUUAUUUCAAUUGAAUUUUUCUACACUUGGUAAAGAUUACAGCACAGAGGGUAUGUCGGAAGGACUGUUGACUUUCUUGCAGCAUCUUCGAGAGUUCGGACUUGUUUACCAGCGUAAAAGAAAAGCUGGAAGAUUUUAUCCAACGCGUUUGGCUCUGAAUAUUGCAACAGGUCAAAGUAAGCCGCUGGCUAGAGAUAUUGAAAAAGAAGGAUACAUUGUCGUUGAAACAAAUUACAGGGUGUAUGCUUACACUUGUUCGAGUUUACAAGUUGCUUUGUUAGGUCUUUUUUGUGAAAUGUUGUACAGGUUUCCAAACUUAGUUGUCGCGAUACUAACACGAGAUUCAGUACGUCAAGCUUUAAAAAGCGGUAUAACAGCACUUCAAAUAAUUGGUUUUUUGCGUCAACAUGCCCACGGUAAAAUGAUUGAAGCAGGUCCACCGACGCUACCACCAACAAUUGUCGACCAGAUAAAACUGUGGGAGAACGAGAGAAACAGGUUUACGUUCAGCGAAGGCGUUUUAUACAGCCAAUUUUUAUCACAAACUGAUUUUGAAACGUUACGAGAUCACGCUUUGUCAACUGGUGUACUUAUUUGGCAGAGCGACAGAAAACGAACAAUGGUAGUUACCAAAGCCGGCCAUGAUGAUGUCAAAAGAUUUUGGAAGCGGUAUUCAAAAGGCUCAAAUUAAUUUUUUUUUUAUGUAAAUAUAAAUUAUUAUUACAAUGUAAUAAUAUUAUUCUAGA